AUGAAGGUGUUUCUCCUUGCCCUGCUGGCCACCAGCCUGGCCCUGCAGCCAGGUGCCGCCCUGCAGUGCUAUUCCUGCACGGCUCAGGUGAGCAACCGGGACUGCCUGAAUGUGAAGAACUGCACCGCGGGCCAGACCCAGUGCUGGACUGACCGCAUCCGUGCUGCCGGCCUCGUGACGCUCAUCAGCAAGGGCUGUAGCUCUGACUGCGUGGACGACGCUGAGAACUAUUAUGUGGGCAGGAAGAACCUCACCUGUUGCUCCACAGACCUGUGCAACGUCAGCGGGGCCCACAGCCUGCGGUCGGCCACCGCCCAGGGGCUGCUCACGGCGCUGGCCAGCCUGCUGUUCUGGGGCCCCGGCCGGCUCUGAGCCCAGCGUACCUGGCCCAGCCAGGGGCCCUCCUGCCCCCUGCAGGCCUCGAGACCCCGGCCCAGGUCCCCACCCUCCACCACCCCUUGCCCUCCCAGGUUCCUUCUGGGCCGGCUGGCCACCCCCUGCCCAGCUGGGCUUAGGAAGCCUGUAGUGGACCCUUCUGACCCCACAUCCACCCCCCGCAGCCAGUGUCCAGGGCCCAGCAUCCCCACACCUCACUCAGGCUCCUUUUCCUCCAGGAAGCCUAGCCUGCACUCCUCUGCCGGAGCGGGCCCGGGCAGACGCUGAGGAGGACGCAGCCAAGGCUGAGAUGAGCUGGACCAAGUAGAGCUGAGGGCUGGGAGGGCCCGGGAGAGCCACCCCAGCACAUGGCGGGCCCUCAAUAAACA